AUCCGGCGACCGCCAUUGGCGCGGUUCUCACUUCAGUCAGCGCCCGAUCACCGCACAGAGUGCAUGUGUUAGUGACGUCGUGCUGUGACAAAUUUGACAGUUGUUAUCGUGCUCGUUGUGAUGUUUUCGCGUCAGAACUAUGGUGCAUCCUCAUGAAAAUGUGGAGUGAUUUUCAGGGCUCGGGAGGGUGCGGCGCCAAGCGGCGGGCGACUUCCCCGGGAGAGAGCGCGCACGGCAAGGUCGCGCGCUGGGAGGACUCCAUCGCGCGGCUCGAGGCCGUGGCCGCGGGCGCCGGCGACUGGCGCGCUGACGACGACGAGCGACGCGCGGGCCGGCGGCGCUGCGGCGCGGCUCACGACACCAUCCGCGCCGAGAACGGCAAGUGCUACCUGGAGCUGGGCGCCGCGCGCGCCUGCUGCGACGGCCGCGCCGCCGCGCGCUGCGCCUCGCGCCGAUGCUACCGCGAGCGGCGCCUGCGCAUGAUGAACCUGUGCGCGCUCAAGCUGGCGCGCCUGCGGCAGACGCCCGACCCGUCGCUGCGCCGCUCCGUGCUCGUGUGCAACACGCUGCGCGGCAUCGAGCGCGAGGUGGAGCGCGAGAGCGCCGAGGAGGCCGCGCCCGACCACCCCCCCCUCGCGCCGGCCCCCCGCUGCGAGCUGCUGGCCGCGCGCCCCGCCACCCCCUACCCCGCGCCCGCCCGCGACUCGGGCUACGGCGACGACGAGCCGCGCGCCAUCGACUGGGGCUCCGUGCUGAGCCUGUCGUCGCGCUCGGCGCUCGACCCGCCCGAGGAGAGCUGGCCCGACGACUGGGGCUGGAGCGAGGACAGCUUCGUGCGCCUGCUCGUGCCCACCAGCUAGCGGGCGCCCCCCUGCUAGCGGGCGCCCCCCUGCUAGCGGGCGCCCCCCUGCUAGCGGGCGCC